AGCAUCAUGUCGGUCGGCGAGGAAGAUAUCAAGCUCUGCUUUGAGCUCUUUGACAAGACCAACUCUGGCACCAUUACUGCUGAGGACGCUGCCACCGGCGUUCGCACCCUCGGCAAGGCCCCGUCCGGCGAGGAGAUUGAGGAGCUGCUUGGCGGCGCCAGCAGCGUUGAUUUCGCCAAGUUCCAAGAGCUGUUCAACGCGUCGCCCGUCGCUGACUUUGACGAGACCAUGGAUGCCUUCUCGACCUUUGACUCGCACAGUGCCGGCUACAUGUCACUCACCGAGUUGCUACACAUCAUGAAGAACCUCGGUGAGGGCCUGAGUGAGGAUGUGCUGGCCAAGGUCAAGGAUGCGGCCGAGCCGGACAGCGAUGGCCAAGUGAACUACCGUCACUUUGUGGAGAAGAUGGUCAAGGACCUCUAAGACAUUUGCCCUUGCUAGCAGCAUCGCUGCGCUACCCUCUUCUUUUCUUUCCAAAGCAUGUGCUUUAGCUGUUUUCCCCCUUUGUUCGUUUUUUUUUUUAACACAAUCCGCCCAUCGCCGAAGGCUUCACUAUUGAUGGUUGAUGCCUCUGUCAGCCAAGGCGAUAAAAAUUCAGAUUUAAAAGCAA